CCCCUUGCUCAUACCGCGGGUCAUCGACAUGGUCAAGAACUCUAGCGGAUCGAGCGACUUCAAGACGAACAUUAGCGCUGUAGGCGGCGGCAGGACUUCUUUCCGGCCGCCCCCGCCACCGUUGCCAUCUCGUGAGCCAAGGAACGAUCAUGACGGUGGGCAUACCGAUCGGCAGCAGAAUGGACAGGAUUGCCGCGGGGGUGUCGGGGACGAAGCCGCAACGCGCGCAGUUUUACCAGGCGGAGACUUGCCCCAAGACCCCCCGUUCGAUACGGCACCGCCCCGGACCCCGCCCGCCGCCGCGAGAGCGCUUCGUCGGGCGUUCACCUUUUUGAGGAACGCCUGCGCUGGGUGCCCGGGCAACAACCAUGCGCUUCGCCACACCGGCCUUGCAGAAGCGGCAAGUGCGCUCCAAUUCGCCGUAGAUCAAGCUCUUUUCGCCUGUGCAACGACGUCCCACCCCGCCGCAAGCACUGCGGAGUGCCAAAGCGAGGUGGGGGGUACGUCAGACGUCAGGCUCGCGGUUCGAGCCGGUCUGCAGUUCGCUUACAACUACUGCGCCGGCAGCGAGGAGAGCAAAGUCUCGCUGUGGGCCGCGUGGUUCCCUCGGGGUCUGAUGGAGCUGGUGAACGAGCUCAAGACAGACCGCGGCUUGCUCUCUCUCGCGGUCGCGUUGAUCCACAACUGCUGCAUCUCGCCUCGGCCACGCGAGCCAGGAGAGGACGAUGGUAGCGACCGAGGAAGCAACAGAGACAACGGGGCAGGAGAAGCCGGCGGGGAGGAGGCGGAUGGGGGAGAAAGAAGUAGAGGCCGAGAGCGACUUGCGCUCCUCUCAGCAGACAAGGCGUUCUGUUGCCUUCUCAUGAAGGUCGUCGUUCCCCCGAGCAGCGGCGGCGGCGAAUCCGUGGGCGCCAGCGGUAGUCACAGCCGUGAACGCAGUGGCGGCGAGCCCGAUGACGACCCCGCAGCAGAGUGGCUGUACCUGCUGUUCUGCUGCUUCGUCCAAGAGCGCCUGUGUCGCCGCGUCUACGACAACGUGGGCAUUCGGGCGGGGAAGAGAAGAAAGCGGCCACGGCGACGAGGUGGGUGCGGAGCAGUUGUUGUGGACUCGGCGAGGGUGGCGCAAAGCGGCGGGGAAGAAGAUGGAGCAGCGGGUGGCAGCGGCAGUGUGCGUGCCAUAUCUGGCGUGGGGCGUGGGGAGGAGGAAUGGGGAGAGGGCGGGAAGGGGAGAGUCGACGAGGAGGAGGAGGAGGAGGAGGAAGAGGAGGGUGGCGAUGAAUACUUCUUCUUCCCCGUGACGCCGGAGCAGCUCAUUGUACUGAACCUGGCGGAACUCGCGACAGGCAAGUGUGGCUGGAAUUCGGACGAAGUGGUCACCGGCGGCGAGUGCCCCAGCCCCCGGCAGCGCCAAGCCUGCAGCGCUCUCGCGUCAUGGCUGACGGGGCUCCUCUCGGCGAUGCCUCUCAGCCAGUCCCUGCUCCCACGGACCGGUACCGCCCAACCGCCACCGACGGCGGCGGAGAUGUCGGCAGCGGCAGCAGCAGCAGCAGCAGCAGCAGCAAGGAAACCGCUGUCUCCAUCAUCAUCGGCGGGGGACGAGGACCGGGGCGACGGGGUUGCCGCCGACGCGGAGACGGAGCGGGUGCGGCGGAGCAUGCGCGAGGAGGCCAGGUCCGCCGCGCUCCGGGGGCUAGCGGCGCUGCUCGCGGGGUGCAGCGACGAAACCCGGCAGCAAAUCGCCGCCGCCGCCGCGACGGAGACGGGUGCGGAAACAACGGCAACGGUGAUGGUCGCGCCAACGACAGCGGCGGAGGAACCCCAGCAGGCCGCGACUCUGGGUGUUGCCUUGGGUGAAGCGGAAGAAACGACGAGAUCAGCAGCGAAGGCGACAGCAGCAGGGGUCGGUGGUGCCAGCGAGGGAGAGGGGUGCGAGGCAACGAGGGUGCCGAGGGUCAGAGAAGAUGGCGGCGGCGGGCGCGGUGGAUCUUCACCGCCAACCCCGACGACAGCGACGCCCGUGGUCUUGCACCCCGAACCCCGGGGACUCGUCCCUCUCUGCUUAAGGCUUUUACAUGGUUGCGGGGGCGCCGCCGAGCCUAAUCCCUCAGCUAGCAGCGGCCAAUUCUCCCGAAAAAAAGGGUCGACGGCUUCGGCAGCCGUAGCCGCAGGAGCCAGAGACACGGCGCGCAGUGGUAGCCACCAUCGCGGGGCACUGUCGGGCGGGGCGGUGCCGGCCGGGCGCAAGGUAGAGCUCUUGAAGGUGAUCGGCAAUGCGUGCUUCCGGUGCCGGCGGUCGCAGGACUUGGUGCGGGAGGAGGGAGGGCUGCCGCUGGUGCUCAACCACUGCGCGGUGGACGAGACGAACCCCUUGCUCAGAGAGUACGCGCUGCUUGCCGUGCGGAACCUCUGCGAGGGGAACCCCGCGAACCAGGCAUCUAUCGCCUCGCUGCAGCCUCAAGGAUGCACCCCCGGCAUGGUGGAAUCCCUGGCGGACAUGGGGCUCGAGGGCAGCGUGAACGCUGAGGGGAAAUUCACCGUCGGCCCUCGACCCACCACAUCUUGAAGUAUAUGGGGAGGAAGUGUCGCACGAAGGUUUUAAAUCUUGGUGUAGGGCGCUACGUUUUUGUGACAGCGUUUGCAGGGUUAGGGGAUGAAUAGCGCGGUUAGAUGGCACUCACAGGUGGUGGUACUUGAAGGGUACACAUGAACAGUGCCAACCGUAGAUGAAGUGCCGUACGUGACCAUUUCCCCCAAGAGUGAACAUGCCCUAUUGGCCACAACGACAGGCGGACUUUGGCUGCUAUCAUUGUAGAUACCGGUAGUUUGUUAUUCUGUCGCAAACGCUGUCCCUUACAGUCGUUUUCUUGGACUGCUUCCGGUUGUGGGUGUACCACUCACUCAUCGAGAACAGAGAUAUGCGCUCUCUAUCUUGUUUUUUUUUUUUCUAACCGAAGAGAAGAGCGUCAACGGUGUGCGCCCUUGGUAAAGCCCACAAGAUUGUAUCGGCAGUGUAGACAAGAGUGAGACGUGGGUGACGCGGAGACGGUACACCAUGAGUUGAAUGAUGCGGCGAGCUGGUGCGACUGGAACCUUGUCCUUAUAUUCUUGUGCCGCUGGAUGAUUUUCGACUGCGUCCUUCGCCACCGUUUUCUAGCAUGACAUAAGAGUGGGUUGUUUCGCCGUUCACGUACGUACGUCGUCCAACUUAGCGCGUGCAAAUGAAAAGUGUGUUGGAUGUGGAGCAAUCAUCCUGUGAAGGUCGGCCAAGAAACG